AUGCCCAGUCUUUAUUGUCCUCCAACAAGCUUUCCGUCACGCUAUUCUCUCCCUUAUAAUGAUGCUGGCGAGACGCCUAAACAACGCUCUUUUAAGAUAACAUCUGCAGCUCGGGAGGAUAUCACAAACUUACACGGACUUCUCAGUGACUUCUUUGAUAAGCUCUUGGGAGCUCUGGACGCCCUCAACAAAUGUGACUUCACUUUUUGCAAUGAAAUGGUUUGUCUUAUUUGUCGGAUCCAGAAGACAAUUACAAAGCUGAUAGAAAACCUGCGUUAUGGCUUAUACAAGAAUGAGCUUGAUGACAUAAAUGAACGUCUGCUAGUAAUGCUUGAUGAACUCCUCUUAAACCCUCAUUAUGUUCUUCUUCGACUUGUGGAGUUUGGGUUCAAUAUUUACGAAUUAGGCGGUCAUCUGCGUGAAGAGCUCCUACCCUGUUCCUUUGCGCAGAUCGUGCACAAAGUCCAGAGUCGGUUAUACUGUGUGGAGGCAUUUUGGGCACACACACGUACACUAACCUCUCCAAAAGUUCCAGUCAUGAGCGUCUGUCAACCUCAACCGGAACCCGAUUACAACUCCAACCCUCAACCGGCUGACGCGUCGUGUCCCAAUUGUGAUGAAUUUAUGAACUGUGACGACGAAGAGGAAGGCGAUUGUAUGCCGAAUGACUUUAGAGCUGGAUUGGCUCGAAAGCGGCGUGCAAGGUGGCGAAUAUUUGUGUCUCGUGCAAGCACAGUGGGCUUACCCAAAGGAGACACUGGAGCCGAAGCUGCUAACGAAAAAAUCUCGAAGGAAGCAAAGCAGCUUAUAAAAAAGCUUUACAAACAAGUCGAUCAAUUCUUUGUAGCUCUAAAAAAGUGCCCCUGUAUGAUUGAUAAGUACGAUUUCAGCAACGUUGGGGACUUGGUUACUAAGGUUAAAGAAAUAACAGAAAACAUGAAAGAAAUCUCAAAAAAGUUGAGCUACAGCCCCUUAAUAACUGAGCUCACAGAUUUGUGUGAUCUGAUGGACAAGAUCUUGGAUUACGCAGCUGAAAUACCUGCACUUGUUUAUGUCCGUUUGGUUGAUAUUACUUUCUGUCUUCAUGAGUUUGGUGCUCUGCUGCAGGAAGUGCUUCUACCAAUUGACUUUGCCUUUGCUGUCCAAAAAAUUCACACUCAUCUUAGGAAACUGAAACCGUAUGGCGUUCUUAAACAAGUCAUCUUCGUUCCUACGGAGUACGACGCAAUAGUGGCGCCUUACUACAAAGACCCGCGUCUGCGUCGCUUAGAGCAGUUGACGAAUUGCAAGAUCACUAUGGUUCGCCCUGACGAUCCACGUGCAGUCUACUGUCCAGUCAAUUUCCGCACAAUAGAGGUGGAAUUUGACGAGAAGUAUGGGCGCUACAUUGGUUUUGCACAUCUCCUGAAUCGGUGUCUCAGCUUCCGCACUUCUGCAUUCCCAACUCGUGGUUCGGAAAUCGUCGUGAAGCGCUUCGCCACCAACACAACGCAAAAGCUAGAGCCAGCUGAGGUUGAACCUCUACGUCAACGACUCUCGCGAACUAUGCUGGCUCCAGUUGAGGCUGAUAUGGUCAGUGGAACCAAGACUGCGGCUAUUGCUCCCGAAGAUAGGGUGAAAAAGUUUGUCUCGUGA